CAACCAUACAGACACUCCUCCUGUGAGCAUUUGUGAGGCAGCUCCUGUCCCUUAUGUCUCUUUGUGGAGAAUAGAAUAGACUUCCCAGAGCAUCACAGGAGACAGGGCAGAGCUCCAGGGAGGACACCCUGGGUGCAGACCUCCACGCAGACCUGGCCUCAACUACUUUGGAUGCCCGGAGGACCUCAAGGAGAGGAGGAACAGACUCACUCAAGCUGGAGUAAAACAUCAAACAUCCAGGAGGUUGAACUUAACAUAUGGACAACCCAGGAGGUCAAUUCUGAGUUGAAAGCGACAUGAUCAGCAGAUCACACCGAACAACGCUGGAUUGGAUCUCUAUCAAAAAGGUGGAGUCUUAUUACGAGCUUUAACUUUCUCUUUAGAAAAGUUUUGUUUAAGAAGAAACUAAUUCCUCUAUAUCUUUUGCAGCAGCUAUUACGGAUAAAAGCACCAUAGCAAAUACAUAGAAAUGAAGAAAAGAAUCAUUUAGAUGAGUUUUUUUUUUUUACUCUUAUGAAUCUCCAAAGCACUUUCCAAAUAGUUAUUUGUAUUAUGAAAUUGGGAGGCUACAAAGAACAACUUGUAUGGUCCCCGCAGUGCUCUUAAUUCACCAGCAAGGCGUUUAUCUUAUUUCUGCAGCUCUUUCUGAGAGCGCGUAUUAAAGACUUCAGCGAUAGUGCUCUUGGGAAGCGGGUACUAUUUCUUAUAUGAAGACUUGAAACUUUACAGCUGCUGACUGGAGGGAGAGACUGCCACAUACAUGAGAAAAUAAUGCUACGCUUUUUUUUUUUUUCACGUGUGGAAAGUGUCUGACUAACACUUAAUUGGAGAAUUGAGGACAGAAGAAAUGUUCACAGGGUGUGGAGUGGUCAGCGGCCAGAGCCACUAUCUUAUCAGAGAUGCUGUCAGGCCCCACCCAGGACUAGAGGUGAACCGACCAAUCCAGAUUGAGAAUGGGGUAACCUCUGGGAACUGCUCAGUCUACCAGGAUCAAACUCACUGCAAUGCAGGCCAGCCAACGGUGGUAAACAAUGGCUCCAACCUGCUGAAGCCAACGCAAGUGCAAGUCCCUCCGCCUAUCAAACUAGGGCAGGAAGGGUUCAAGAAAGUCUGCCGGACCGAGGAGGACAGCCCGUGUCCCUUUCCGGGACUGGCCUCAGGGGUGCUGGAGAUGCGCGUGAAGGAGGGAAGUAAGAUCCGCAACUUAAUGGGAUUUGCAAUGGCGCGGAUGCAGGGAGAGAAGGGCGUAGGUGGGGGAGUUAUGAGCGGCGAUGGGCUCAGACAAGUGGUCUUCACUGGGUCAGGUCGUGCUGUCACAAAGACCAUCACCUGUGCUGAGAUCAUGAAAAGAAAAGUGGGCUCACUGCACCAGCUCACAAAGCUACGGUACAAGGUGGUGAAAGAGGUGUGGGAGAGUUCUGAGGGAGGAACGUCUGAGAUGACGGUGCACAGGACUGUUCCCUCCAUCAGCAUCCUCCUUUCCAAAGACCCGCUGGAUCCCCAGGAACCAGGCUACCAGCCCCCAGAGACUCUCAGUGCAUUGUGGGAGGAAAGAGAGGGGGUGGAAACUGGUGUCUUGCAGUCAGCCUGCAAGCGACCUCAUGGACCUUUGCCAUACAGCAGUUUCCCUCAGUGUAAGAGAGUGUAUUUGGGGGAAGGAGUCUCUGUCGUCCCUCCUCACUGACUGGCUGAACCGGUAUCAAACAGUGGAGAGGAUUGAAUCAGAGGAGUUCAUUUGGCGCUGCCCUCCACUCAAGCACAAUGCUGAGACAAUCAGAACACUCACUCAGACAGAACAGCGCUUUGUCACAAGAACUGAGUACCAACUCCAGCCUCCAGAGGUCAGUUUGACUGGGACCUGUAAAGCUUGCCUCUGUACAUACAGCAUUUAAGGGAUGUGUUUGUCUGCACGUCCAACAUGGCCGCCCACUUCCACAGAACCGUGACGAUGUUUACCACAGUGCUAUAACAUCUGAAACACGGACAAAAAGAAAAAGCCAUGAAUAGCACAGGUCCCAGUGAAAUGUCGGCAGCCUGUGGACAAAAUAAUUUACUGGCAUCAUGUUACAAUCAUCUCUAUUCCAACAUGUUCUAAUCUACAGUGUAGCUUCUAAAAAUACAUAAAGUAGAACUAAGGACAAAAAAAAAAAAGGUUGAAGCCAUUAAAGGUAUGACAAAUGGAAAACAUACCAAUUUUAUUUGAUUCAUCAUGAAAAAAUUAAUAAACUUGUUUUUUUCCCCCUUGGAAAUGCUGUUUUGUACUUCAUCUUUCUUACUCACACCGGUGAAUUUGCAAAGCUCUGAUUGAAGAGCAAAUCAGUGUGCUCAUCUUUUGAUAAGAAUAACCGCAGUGAAAUUUGUCUGUAGAAAAAGCUGAUUUAAUGACAAAGCUGUUGAUAAGGCACAGCCUCCUAAACCAACCCAGUCUGACAGAUAUGCCUGGGGCAGAAAUACAAGCACAGAUUAUCAUUAAGAUAACAGCAUAACAUCACACAACACAGUGGAGAAAAGGAUUAAAACUAGGCUUGACACAGCUUCACACUACAAUGUUCCUGCAAAAUAUAAAAACCUAGGAAUCACACGCUACUCUCUCCUUUCAGUCAAUAAGCCGAUCCACCCACCAUUUAUAUUGUACAGUUCACUUUAAGUCUUUUCCUAUACGGUCUCUCCUUUCUCCUUCAAAAUCAUGUGUGAACUAUUCGCUCUGAAAAGUGGCACGUUUCCACAGAAACAACAUGCAUUUUGGUUUGACUGAAAUACUUUAUAAAACGGCUGCAGAGAUUUUUCUCAUUUGUUGUGCAUUGAUUGUCUGUGUUUUUCACACCAUUUAGAUACCAUUUCGCACAAAAGAGGUACAUUUGAGUAAUUGCAGAAGCUUAACUGCCGCAGACAUCUUAAGCAAAUGGAACAGAGUUCAACUCCAACCAGAAUAACAAAGUGGAAGAAAGAAAGAAAAAGUGCAGGGAGGGUAUCCAAAUUGAAUUUAACGGAUUCAAGAUGUAUGAUGUUUCUUAAAAAGUUGCCCCAAUCAAGAUCGACAGAGAAAACUUUUUUAAUUUUUUUUAUUAAUGUGUAAGAACUCUUUCCUCUUUUUUUAUUUUUUAGUCUAUUUAUUGAAUAUGUUAAGAAAAUACAAACACAAAAUAAAAAGGAAAAAAAACAAAACAAAAAAACAAACUGAAUCCUCAGGAUCCAUAGCAACAAAUAAAUAACUCAAAUAAUAUAGUUCAUGUUCAAAAGGGAUAGGAAGAAGUUAAAAACUCUUUCCUCUUAAUCGACCAUGUCUUUUGGGGAUAAUAACUUAGACAAGGGGAGUCUUGUCUGAAGCUUUUACUUUUGAUCUUAAUGAAAAUCUGCAAACGCAGAUGUCAGCCUCGUGAAGUAAAUUAAUCAAAGUGACUCCUCUCUGGGGAGACAAUUCUGUUACAGCUUAAAACAGAGGGAAAAAAGAAGAGUUAACCCCUAUGGGAUAAUGUUUAAAUAUAGUUUUCAAUGAAUUACAAAUCGUGAGCCUUCAUACAGUGGUCAGCUUGCACUUUAACAGUCUAUGGUGAACAUAGUGAUUAACCUCCCUCUCGAUCCCAUUAAAUGAAUCAGAGCACAGCAGAGCAUCCAAGGUUGAAUAAGAAAUGCUGCGACUGCAAUACAGAACGUAUGUAGCAAACUGCGCGUCCUCAAGACUGCAGGAAGGUUAUCACUUUGUCUGGCUGUUAUCACAGAGUUAACAAUUUUCAACCCAAGAGCCUAGGACAGGCGGUCGGCGAUGCAGGUCAAACAGAUAAUGCGGCUGUAAGUAAAUUUCAAAUCGACCUGUAUCUGUUAUCAAGCAUUAAGAAUUCUGGGCCAAGUGGAAAAUGCAGCAGAGGUAAUUAGGGAUAACAGCAUAGCAUACCUGAGUGAGAGAACAGAUAAAACAUACUGACAAAAGAAUUAUCCCCGAGCUAAAUCCAAUGUGGCUGGCAAGAAAAAGCAUGGUGGAGGAGUCAACAGAGUGCAUUAUAAGAGUGUGGACAAGGUUAUUCACAAGCUCAGAGUCAAUUUUGCCAAACACAUUUGUUUUCAAAGAUGCAGCCAAAGUGGAUUUAGAGGAGAUAGAGGCCCAAAAAAACCCACUGUUAGUGUUUGGUUAGCUUCCUAAUGUAAUGUAUGGAUAUACGUAUAUAAACAGGCGCAGAGACUCCUUGAAGCAACUGCUCUUCUAUGGAACAGCUGUUAAGGAAAACAGGUAAACAGGGAUUAUUUACACCCCAAACCAACUCUCAUUUCCUAAGGUAACUAUAACUUUGAUCUUCAAAGAUAUGAUUACAGUGUUCAAUAUUGUGAUAAAGAUAUAAGUGCAAUAAAUAAAGAAUAUAAAGGAGUGCAUAUUUAGCUUGAACUAAACUAUGGGUGUCUACUGUUCUUCUUCAUGUUUUACACGAUACCUGUGUUUAAAUCAUGUCACUCCUGAAUCCAAUAUGAAAACAUUUUUAAUGUACACCGCUAACUUGACACCAAUAAGUCUGACUGCAUCUAAAUAAUUUGGAAGCUAAGCCAUUAUACCAAGGCCUCUAUCCAAUAAGUAAAAUGUAUGCAUGCUGGGUGAGAAAGCAUGGCUUGGUAAAAUACAUUUUUUUUAUGUAUUGAUAUAACCUCGGACUUUUGCAAUCUGUUCAUUGUGAACCCUAAGAUUGUGUUAACAAUGACUUUAUGUUAUAUUGUGCAGCCCCACGGUGAGAGACAUCUAACUGAAUUCUUCAAAAAGUUGAAAAAAAAAUUUCAACAAAUGUUUCUUCAAAAUAAGAAUUUACAAAAGCAUAUUUUUUACUGAACUAAUACUCACUAAUAUCUUUCCAGAUAGUCAUAAAAUCAUUAAAAAAAGGGUGACAUUCUGUGAAGACUGACCAAUUCUCUGUUAUGGCAGACAAUAGGCUAAUCUUUUGUUUACCAAAGCCAAUAACUACAUGCACUGAAUGUGAAUAAAUUGACUUUGAAGUGAAAAUAAUGAAAGUGCUGGCACUCUAUUUUCCCCUCUCCGCCGCUGCAGCAGAUGAGAGUGAGGUCUCUGGGAUGGUGUGGGAGUUCGCUAUCUCCCAGCCUCCAGAUGGCUCCGUCUUCUCUUAUCUAGAAAAAUGGGUGCUGCCUCAAUUUUUCAACUCGUCUUAUCUGGGAAUCCUUUAAAUUGAAUAUUUACUGGGCCUAUGUUUUCUGCCUGUGUUAGCCCUCUGAAGUCGACAUUCCUCUUGCUUGUCGAGACAGGCCAAAGGUUUUUCUCACUCAUACACUUUCUUUGUCCGCCUUGUCAAGUAAAGGGACAGUGAUUGAUGAUGUGAUUGUCCAGAGAAUGGAAGGUUAAGCAGUUGAGCAGAGAGCAGUGGGGACUUAAUAAUGGACGGCUGAAGAGGAAAAAUGUUGAACAAAAGAAAACGUGCAUUACCCAAAUAUGACAUCAGCAGACCUUCAUUUUAAGUCAGGAGUAAAAACAGAUGAAAUUAAUCACUUUCCUAACAGUCUAUUGUUUUGUGCACAGUGUACACUAGAGGUUAAGAGAACACUUAAGCAGCCAUUGAAAACAACUCAUUGCAAUAUGACUGGCUGUGGUCUAUCUGCAUAAACAAGCUGUGCCACAGCUACUCCCUGGUAAGUGUCUGGAAAUGUCUUUUCAAAACCAUUUUGUGAAAUGCCUCCAUGUUGGAUUAAUCAGUGCAGCUGAGGAUGUAAUUGCUGUGCUGAAGUCAAAGCUGUAAGAGCAGAUAAUGAACACUGACUACAGGGCUGCCAGAAUCCAGGGCGCGAGAAAUGAGAAGUUUGGAGACCAAAAUGUCCUCAGCAUUCUUUUUAAAAACACUUACGGAAAAUGGGAGAACACUGUAUUUAUAAGACAUUAAGUUAGUUGAAAAAUUAAAUAUACUUGUGGGUAUAAACAUGCAAUUGUUAUUGCCUGUGACACCUGCAUUUAAAAACAAUGUGAAUCAUAAUUAUAUCAGCCUCUGGAACUUUCUUAAAACUCUGUCAUUAUUAUUGUACAUUUUUAUGUAAUCAUGCAUCUCUCAGUCAUUUGAAUCAUAGAGCAGGUAUU